UCCCCUGGGCGCAGGCAAGCAGGCAGGCAGUGUGCUGCACCAUGGCUUGGUGGAAGGUCAGUGCUGGCAAUGAUGUUAACCCUGAACUCGCCAGGGAGAGGGAAUCCCCCUCCUUUAACCUGGAGACCCUCAUUAACGUGCUGGACGGAUCUGAGGAGGAAACACGUCUGCGGCGAUCAGUGGUGCUCGCCGUUAUCAGGGACCCCGUGCUCAGCAGGGCCGAUCUUUACUUCAAGAGCCGCUCGGAGAGAUACGAGGGAGCCGUCCGAAACUCGUUCCACAUGAAGAACAAAAUCAAAGCGCUGGGGUGGGCCAACGAUGGACCAGAAGUUGGAUACGUGUACAGGGCGCUGGGAGGGGAACUCGCCCUCAACAUCCACGGGGUCUUCGUCAAAUCCAUUAUGGCCUUGGGGACCGACGCACAGAUCGCCAAAUGGAUCCCGCUGGCCAAUAAUUAUAACAUUUUAGGAACGUACGCCCAAACGGAACUGGGACACGGAACGUAUCUUCGUGGCCUGGAAACCACAGCGACCUUUGACGAGAAGACCCAGGAAUUCGUCAUAAACACUCCCCAGAUCACGGCGACAAAAUGGUGGCCGGGAGACAUGGGUAAGACGUCCACGCACGCCAUCGUCCUGGCGCAGCUGAUAAUCGCAGGCAGGAGCUACGGCAUGCAUCCAUUCAUGGUCCAGGUCCGGAGCUGUCAGGAUCACUCGCCCUUACCGGGAAUAACCGUCGGGGACAUCGGGCCGAAAAUGUCUUUCGAGCACAUCGACAACGGCUUUCUCAUGAUGAGGGACGUUCGGAUUCCGAAGGAGGACAUGCUGAGCCGAUUCUCGGAGGUUCUGAGCGAUGGCACCUACGUGAAACGCGGAUCGGAUAAGAUUAAUUACUUCACCAUGAUUGCCGUGAGGGUGUCCAUGCUUCGCGGCGAGGUGUUGGAGACCCUGAUGAAGGCCUGCGUCAUUUCUGUCCGAUACGCGGCCGUCCGCCGUCAGUCAGAGCUGAAACCUGGAGACGGGGAAGCAAAAAUUAUCGAUUACCAAACCCAGCAACAGAAGCUCUUCCCGCUGGUGGCUACCUGCUACGCGGUCAGUUUCACCGUGAAAUACAUCAAUGAGCUUUACAAUGACGUGUAUGAGAAGAUCAAAGCGGAAGAUUUCACCGCGCUUCCGGAGCUUCAUGCUCUCGCAUCAGGCAUGAAGGCCUACUUAACAGAAGUGUGCUCCUCGGGGGUGGAGAUUUGUCGGAAAGCCUGUGGGGGGCACGGAUAUUCCCUCUUCAGCGGCCUCCCCUCGCUCUACACAAAAGUGGUGGCUUCUUGCACCUACGAAGGGGAAAAUACCGUCUUGCAUCUCCAGACCGCAAGGUUUUUGAUUAAAUGUUUCGCCGGGGCCCAAUCCGGCCAGCCGCUGCCCCCCAGCGCCUCAUACUUGUCGUCUCCGGUCUCUCGUCGUUGCCAAGCGAGUGGCCCUUCGGGCUUUCUCAAUCCAGACGUUUACCUUGAGAUUUAUAAACACAGAGCCUACAGACUUAUUGCUUCGGCUGCAAAUAAACUGCAUGAUCUGGUCCAGUCUGGAAGUCCGCAGUAUGUGGCCUGGAACCGCACGUCCGUGGAGCUGGUGAAAGCGUCUAUAGCUCAUACACAUUACACCAUAGCAAAGACUUUUGCCACAAAAUUGAAUUCCGUCUCCAGGGACCCCGAUAUAAAGAAGGCGCUAAAGAGGGUCUGCGAUUUAUACGCCCUGCACGGCAUUUUCACAGACGCCGGCGAUUUCCUGAAAGAUGGAUAUUUAUCGGAAAAGCAGCUGGACGCGCUGAGCACGGCGUACCUGGACCUCCUGCCUCUGAUCCGGAAAAAUGCGGUUUUGUUGGUAGACGCCUUCGACUUCUCGGAUGAAGAGCUCUUGUCUGCCCUGGGGAGCUACGACGGAAACGUCUAUCACAAUCUGCUGGAGUGGGCGCAGAGGAAUCCAGAGAAUAAGAAGGUGAAUCCCGUGUUUGAAAGUCACCUGAAACCUUAUUUACAGAACACCCCAUCCAAACUAUAAGAGAAUACCCCGGGGCAAUUAACCUCAACGUGUAAUCAUCCUCGUUAAAAUCAACAAGAAUCCAGGACAGGCUCUACUCCCCCGGAAUAAAGUCGAAGGGUUAAACGUGAGUCUGCGUUACAAAGUAUUUCAUCCAAAAAACGGCUUUCAAGAUAAAUAUUAAAUUAGAACCGACCGAGGUCGGGGAAAGGAUUCACUGUGAUCUUCCGAAAUAUUUUUACAUCGCACAAUUAAAACCCUGUACCCUGUAUAAAGUAAUUAAACUGUAAAUGACUUUCA